UGUCAGGUAAAUUUACUGUCUGUGCAUAUUAAAUAUAACAAUUAUGGAGUACAGUAUCACCUGUAAUAUAAUGGAACAUUCCAAAAUAAACAUGAAUGUAUAAAAAGGCAAAACAGGACUGUGGGACAUCUAUCAUAUUGCGGCUAAUGAUUUGCAGUGUAAACAUCAGGAAACACUUUUCCGAAAUCGUUGUGGAAGAAGACCUGAUCAUUUGGCAAGAAAACAACUAAAUUUCGACGGGAGUUAAACAAUUCUUAACCGGCGUACAGUAUUAUCCAAAAAUGGUGACACGCGUUUUACUUUUAGUUCUAGUAAUUUGUCUGUUCAGUAAUGUACGUGGAGGUUGCCGCCGAGGGCAAUACGAAUGCCAUGAUGGUGGCUGUGUAAGGGGCUAUUUCAGAUGUAAUGGUUAUCAAAAUUGUAAAGACAAUUCGGAUGAAACUGACUGCGGUCAGAAAUGUUAUGAAUGCAGUUACCAAUACGAGGAGGAUUACUUUGGCUGUCCCAGUUACAGACAUCCUAAUUAUUGCUACGCAGAUGAAAUCUGCUCUACUGUAUACACCAAGACAGUAAAUGGUAUAAAGAUCGAACAAGGAUGCAUGAAAGAUCCGGACUGCAUCACGGCAACUGGAAAUAACGACGCCAGUUGUGUUCAAGGUAAUCCCAUUGCUGGUGAUGAUGGGACAACUUGUACAUUCUGUUGUGAUGAUGAGUACUGUAAUAAUGUAUAGGAUUUGUGCAAUCGUUGUAUUUCACAUCUUGAGUUAUGUAGUUUUUGUUGGCGACAGUUAAAUAAACCUAUAUGCCAUGCA